AUAAUAAACAACAACAUUGGAGGAAGAGAAAAAAAAAAAAAAAACAAGCAACAACAAAAACAACAGAACCUUCUUCCACAGUUCCAUUCACUCACGUAACAAAAACAAAACCAACAACGUUAUAAAAGCACCGCGACCUCUGCAUGUAAACAAUGGCGAGCAGAAAGAACUACUUCACUUCACGAAGCCACCGUUUUCUCCCCGUCGCUUCCAACAGAGACUCUCUAUCGCUAACCAUGGAUUCCGAAUCCGCCUUCGAAUUCGACGAGUCCGAGAUUUACAACUCGGGCCGGGCUAACUCGUUCGAGUUCAGCAGAUCGCUUCACGGCCGCGGCUCCGCCAAGAAAAACCCCACUUCCUCCACCACCGCCGCCGCGGCGUCAGUGCCCAUCAACAUCCCCGACUGGUCCAAGAUCCUCGGCAACGAGUACGCGAAAAGAAACAACAACAACCACGACGACGACGAGGACAACGAGUACGACGACGAUCACAACGAGGGUUAUGAUGAAUUUGAACGGAGCGGGAGAGUGCCACCGCACGAGUUUCUGGCGAGAACUAGGGUUGCUUCUUUCUCCGUGCAUGAAGGUUUAGGGAGAACCCUGAAGGGAAGGGAUCUGAGUACGCUCCGAAACGCCAUUUGGGCCAAAACCGGUUUCCAAGACUGAGAAAACAGAAGACAGAAUCUUCAUCGUCUUUUUCCUGUUCUACUUUCGUCACUGUAAUUGACAGUUUUUUUUGUGUUAAUUCUGGUGGUUAAGUUCACGUGUACGAGGUGAUUGAUUAUAAGAGGUUUCUGAUAUUCUUAAUUCGAAACCUGAGUUUUUAACUUGUGUAAAAUUACACGUACCCUUAAGAAAUAUAUAAAUGUUCUUGUUCAUUUGA